AUGUCGAGCCUGAAGGCCCUCAAGCUUGCCAACCCAAACACCGAGUUGGCCAACAUCCGCAGCAAGUUGCCAAAAGCUCCUUCCACUGAAGAGGACAUCCACGUCUACGGCUAUGGCCAGUUCCAGAGGAUGGCGCUGCUCUGCUCUAUCGUCUCGUUCUUUAUGAAUGUAGUCCACAGCCAGACGCUCCUCGUCAUGUCGCCUACUGUGGCCCAUUGGUGCAAGCCCCCCGACGAGUAUGCCGGCUUGUCCGUGGACGAGUGGAAGAACACGAGCAUCCCCAAGGACGUCGACGGACAAUUCAGCAGCUGCACCCGCUACGAACCGCCAAUGCCAACGCCCGCGGACAACAAGUCCGAGGUCAGCUGCGACUGCUGGGACUACGACAGCGAGGUUGGCGCCACCAUUGUGAGGGAUUUCAGCCUUGUCUGCGACAGGAAGUGGCUGCUCCGGGCGCUCCGGUUCGUAUACUCACUUGGCGGAUCGGUGCGCCUGCCCAUCAUGGGCUCAGCGGCCGACAAGUCCUGGCGCAGAGCAGCCCUCGGCCUAACCCUCUUCGGCCUGGUUUUGUCUAGUGUGGUGACGUCCCUGGUGAAGACACUGGUCGAAUUCGCGGUGCUGCAGCUUCUCACGUCUACAUCAAUCACCACGUUUCAGGCUAUCAGCACAGUGCUGCUCGCCGAGGUGACUUUGAAAGACCACCGGAUGCUGUUCUGCAUGCUUAACAUCUGCGUACCCCUGGUGCUGGGUACCGUGGUGCUCGGCCUUAUAGGCACAACCUCGAUGCACUGGUCGGCAAUGCAGCUUGUUGUGUUAUCGCCCACCCUACUGCUGCUGCUGACCUACCACUUAACGGACGAGUGUCCGCGCUGGCUUAUCACCUCAUGGAAGUUCAAGGAGGCCGAGCGGGUUAUUUUCUGGGCGGCAAGAAAGAACGGAAUCCCGGACCUGGACAAGUACAAAUCGUUCGGAGGCGGUGCCUUCCCCUUCUACAUAAUGAUCGGGAUCGCCAAUAUGUUCACUCAGACCGUCAGCUACUUUGUCCUGAGCGGCUACGGCCGCCGGAAGCCGAUGUCGGCCUACUUUCUGGGGCUGUCCGUGCUGAUGACGUCACUGGUGGCAUUGGUGGCUCUGGGGAUGGAGCUGGCGUUCGCGAAAGUCGCGGUCCUGACCGCCUUCCUGGUGGAAGUGUCGUUCGCAACCAUGUUUGUGUUCACCGUCGAACUCUAUCCGACAGCGGUGCGCAGUGCUGUCAUGUGCGGCGCUUUCCUGUUUGGACGCCUAGGCGGCAUCUCAGCGUCGCUUUUCAGCGCCCUGCGGCUUCUGGAUCCUCCGAUGGACAGGCUGAUCCCCAAGCUCGUCAACGCGGUCGUGCUCUUUACAUUAGGUUUGCUGGUCCUCUCGUUGCCAGAGACGUUGGCGAUAAGUGCAACCGACAAGGGCCAGGAGGCUGCGCUCGAGGACAAGUGGAGUUUGGACUCGCCGCUGAAGCGGAAGAAGAAGAGCAGACAGGUUCCCAGGAAAUGCAUUGCUCGAAAACUUGAGCGAUAG